AUGUUUGCCCUUCUUUCAGGGCUCCAUGUGCUCGGCCCUGCUGGUCCUCUGAUUGCAAAGUUGGGGGGCUCAGUGAUGCUGCCCUGUUACGUUGAAGCCCCCUUACCACUGGAAGAGCUGGACGCUGAGUGGAAGAGAACAGACUCUGAAACUUUAGUACAUUUGUUCCAAGAUGGAAAAAGUCGGCUAGAGUUUCAGGAUCAGGCUUACAGUGGAAGAGCCAGUUUCUUUACUGAGGAGGUUGCGCGUGGAAACUUCUCUCUCCUCCUCACAAAUCUGACCACUAAAGAUGCAGGAGUUUACAACUGUUUUGUUUACAGUCAACAGGAAACUGGCCAAACUUCAGUCGAAAUUGAGUAUUUGGUUGUGACUGGAGGCCAUGCAGUAUCUGCAUAUGAGCGUGAAGACGUCACUCUCAAUUGCUCUGUUGACUCCUAUAUCCCUCCUCAAGAGCUUGAAGAAGUUUCCUGGACGAAAGUGGAUCAAGACAUUACAAUGCUGGUCUUACAAGAGGGUGUGAUCCAGACAGAUUUUACCCCCAGCAGAUUCAGAAACAGAGUCGAGUUCUUUGGUCCAGAAGAGAUUCACAAAGGAAACUUCUCAUUUAGUUUAAAGGAUCUCAGAAUGGAGGACAAAGGCCAGUAUAGAUGUGAAGUGCUCUCUGGAGAGUUUUCAGCUCAAACAACUGUGGAAAUACAUUUGAUAAAAAAUAUUACUCAUCUCGCUGUGUUUGCUCUUCUUUCAGGGCUCCGUGUGCUCGGCCCCUCUGAUCCUCUGAUUGUGGAGCUGGGAGGCUCAGUGAUGCUGCCCUGUUAUGUUGAAGCCCCCAUACCACUGGAAGAGCUGAAAGUGGAGUGGAAGAGAACAGACUCUGAAACUUUAGUGCAUUUAUUCCAAGAUGGAGAAAGUCGACCAGAGGCUCAGGACCAGGCUUACAGUGGAAGAGCCAGUUUCUUUACUGAGGAGGUCAAACAUGGAAACUUCUCUCUCCUGCUCACAAAUCUGACCACUAAAGAUGCAGGAGUUUACAACUGUUCCGUUUACAGACAACAGGAAACUGGUCAAACAUUGGUUGACAUUGAGUAUUUGAUUGUGACUGGAGGCCAUGCAGUAUCUGCAUAUGCGCGUGAAGACGUCACUCUCAAUUGCUCUGUAGACUCCCAUAUCCCACCUAAAGAGCUUGAAAAGGUCUCAUGGAAGAAAGUGGAUCAAGACAUUACAGUGCUGGUCUUCCAAGAGGGUGAGGUCCAGACAGAUUUUACCCACGAGAGAUUCAGAGACAGAGUUGAGUUCUUCGGCCCUGAAGAAAUCCACAAAGGAAACUUCUCACUCAGAAUAAAGACUCUCCAAAUGGAGGACAAAGGCCUGUAUAGAUGUGAAGUGCUGUCUGGAGAGUUUUCAGCUCACACAACUGUGGAAAUACUGUUGGGUAAGUUAACAUGUUUUUCCCACAUACACACUGCAAUACUGUUGCUCUGUGGUUUUACUUGUUUAUGUGGAUGUGUACUUUUGCUUGGCUGCAUCACAUACACUUUCUGUAAAGAGCCCGGCAGUUGCACAGAAAUCGUACAGCGUGUUCUUGUCUUUUGUCCAAACAUUCUUAUGUUUGUGGCCUUCGUCCUUUGGGGUGUGCUUAAUGAGCUGUGA